CGAGGAUUUUACGUGGAAAUCCCCUGCCCUAACCUCUCUUCCUGAUGCUAUGCAAUUUACAGGCUUGGAUUUCGCCGUAGAGGCCUAGAACAAGGAUGUUGAUGCUUUCCUCUAUGGAUCAAAUGAUGGUUGGUACAAGUUCAAUUUGAAUUAUACUUAUGCUCCUCCGGAGGCUUUUGACACCAAAGCAAACUUAUCAAGUUUCUUAUCUCCAAGCUUCGACUUUGAAACAAAUAUCUAAUCUCACAGGCAACAUUGAUAAUCGUCUUUCCCCAUCAAUUGAAAGGGUUUUUAGUGAUUUCCUUGAUGUGGCCCCAAAUGGAAGAAUUAAACUUGUAACUGCUUUAACACUACCCUUCUUUGAGCAUGCGUCCUCCGCAACAAAAGAUCCAUAUUCUCUCUCAAAAUUUUCUGCAGUUGCAGCCAACCUGGCCAUUGUUGUUGAAGUAAUCAAUUUAACUGCAUCAAUUCUAAACUUAUACUUUGCUCGGAAGAAUCGCCAUGGACAUAGUCACCAUGUUCAUAGUGGGGAAGGAGGCUUGGAUGGAGUCAUGGAUUGUGUGAAGGAUUGCGUGCAAGAUGCUUUGGAGGACGAAUGA